UUAUAAUUGCUAAAAAAUCUAGAGGCCUUGUGAGUUUAAUAUUCAAUUAGUGUUUUUGGUCAUGUUUUUUUCUUCUUCAGGAAUAUGUGUGGCAUUAAAAGCAUUUACUUCAUCCUCUGAGGUGACGGCCUUGCAAAAUUCAGAUGUUCUGCUCCCCUGCUAUUUCACUCCAUCCGGGGAUCUUACAUAUAUCUCGGUAACCUGGACACGUGAUGGAUUGACGCUGUCAUGGUUCAAGUUUGGGCAACUGGAAAACCAAGACAAGGCAAUGAUGUUGAAAAGUGAGCUGCAGAAAUAUAAUGCCUCCCUUCUACUCAAGAAUGUCACCUUUAAAGAUAGUGGAGAAUAUACAUGUGAAGUGAUUGAAACUAUUCUGGAGAUUGAAACAGUCCGUGUUUCAUUUAAAGUUUACACUCCCCUUAAGAUAUUUCUGAAGCCCAGUAGGAUUAUAGCGGAUCAACUAAACACUGUGGAGUGUCAUGUUCAAGACUUCUACCCUGACGACCCUACCAUCGAGUGGGUGAUAGACUCUGAGACACUUUCUCAACACGGACCUGUAAAGCUGAAAACAAAUGAAGACAAUACUUCUAGUGCAAUAAGCCAGUACCAUUACUCCCCUUCCACCAAAGAUGUGGUACCCAACAUAUCCUGCCGAGUGAAACAUGAGUCUUUGAAGGGGGCAUCGAUGGAGAUCCAACUCCCAAUAUGCAAGCUAAAUUUGACCUCCAAAAGUGUGAUGAAGGGAGAAAAAUGGCAGGUGAUCUGUGAGAUUGACGGCUGCCCCUUCAAUAACGAUACUCUCCGAGUGAAGAGCAGAAAUUCAAUCCUAAACGAAUCAAAGUGCAGUGAAGAAACAGUAUGUGCAACUGAAGCAACCUUCAGGAAGAACAACAAAGAUGAGGAAGACAAAGAGGAGCUUGUUUGUGAAAUGGAGUUUGAAGGGAUUAAUAAGACGAUCACUAAACCCAUUCUAUUUACAGAUCAAGGUAAAAUGUUACUGUGUAUAUGGAGGAGGGGAAUGGGGGUGUAGUGGUUAGUGUGGCUGCCGCACAGCUCCAGGAGGACUGAGUUCAGAUCCAAGUACCAUCACUGCUUAUGUGAAGUUUGUGUUGUCUGCUUGAACAGAUAAGACGUUGUCCAGUGACACCAGUUUCCUCCCUAAUCCCCAACAAGUUCAUUUAUAUUGGUGACAGUGAGUUGCUUCCUGCCUUGCUUUCAGUGUUACUGGGUUAGGUUUCGUCCGGUGCUAAUUCUUAAAACUGUUUUUUUAAAUUGAUGGGUGACUAUGCUUAGAAGAAGAAGAGAAGGAUUUUACAUAUUUUGCAUUUGACUUCAACCAAAAGAGAUUUCUUUGCAGUUCCUAAUUUUAAUAAUACUUUUCAGCAAUUCCAUUAAUUCCCUGUUAAAGCAACAAAUACAGUAACAGUCUUUGUUUAAACAAAAGCUAAACGUGAUACAUGCUGUUUCAUGGAGCAGCCUUUGUUUGCUUAGUAUACUGUAUUUGUAGAUGUGUCAAUACAAGAAGUGCUUUACAAUGGUUUACUUUGCAAG